CAAUCUAGCACAUACGCUACGCUGUGUAUUCCUGGUUGUUCUGGAGGGUUAUCGUCACCCCACUCGAGCGGCGUUCGUCCUCGUUGCGGGACGGGGAGACUAUAAUUACUAAUUUAGGGUUUGAGGAGCUUAGUUUCCAAAUUUUGUUGAUAAAAUACGAGAAGGGGAUCGAUUUAGAAAAGCUAUGUCAACUAAAAAAUCCUGCACGGAUCUAACGAAAAGAAGCCGGAGCCCCGUCGUACUGGAAGCAGAGAUGUUCAGCGAAUUUCAGGACUGGUGCCUCCGCACUUACGGGGACUCGGGUAAAACAAAGACGGUCACCCGGCGAAAAUACAACAAGAUCAUGCAGACCCUCUUGCAAAGCGAAGAGUCGGAUGGUGUGUACGUCGAGAGCAGCCACAUCAACGCCAAAUUCAAAUUCUGGGUGAAAUCAAAAGGCUUUCAGGUUGGGAGCAACAUACUUAGCGACCACAACAAGAAAGGAUCGCCUGGAAAACCAGUUCUUUACGUCCCCGUCAAGUCAACGAGGGCGGUGAAGCCCGCGGAGGUCGCGGCUGGAGAGGGCGGAGGAGACUCCCUUCUCCCUGACGGGGGCGUGGCUCAGGACACCUCCUCCCUCAAGCGAGUGGCCGUGGUGGAGGAUUUCUUCGACAUCAUCUAUGCCAUGCACGUGGAGAUGGGCUCGGACCCGGGCAGAGCGCCCAAACACGCCGGGCAGAAGAAAACAUACAAAGCGAUUGCAGAGACUUACGCCUUCUUGCCCAGAGAGGCAGUGACCCGUUUCCUCAUGAGCUGUGGAGAAUGCCAGAAGAGAAUGCACAUCAACCCCAGCACUGCUGAAUUCAAAGAGAACGACCGGCCCACUUCUCUGGUCCCGGACCUCAUUGAUUACAACAUGCCGCUCACCGCCACCUACCUGAAGCAGAUGAAGAUGCAAUGUAUGAGUGCCAAUGAGCAGGAUGGAAGUUCAGUGAGCAGUGAAGAGCUUGAUAUGAGUGACCCCACAUGGAUAUCCGUUGAUCGUGUUCCUGUGUCUGACCUGAGCCCCCCCAGCCAAGGAGAGAGAAUGCACAGCCCACAGAGUGCCCACCGGGGGGGAGACGAUGACUCCUCCUCGGAGAACAGCACUGCAAACGGUGUGCCGGCCCUCACCCCCCCGGCGCUAAGCGCAGUGGUCCCGCUGGAUGGCGGCGGCACCGUCCCGUAUGGCGAGGUGAACGGGGCGGAGGCGGUGGCGCCGCUGGACUUCAGCACCACCUCCUCGUCCUCGUCCUCCGAGGAUCAGCAGCCGGUGAACCUGAGCGAUCGGCUGGCCCCUGGCGCGCCACUGGGCUCCUUCCAGCCUGACCCCUCAGACGGCGCCCGCAGGAACUAUCCCAUAAAGCACCCCCUCCCCAGCGAGCUGCGUCUCGACUCCCGGGACUAUGGCAACAAGUCUCCUCAGUAUAGUUCAGGAAGCUAUGACUCAGUGAAGACAGAAGUGAGUAUGUGCGCGGAGGACCUGAGUAGUGGGCGGGGCCAGGUUGUGGAUGAUGAUGAUGAUGACCAUGAUGACCACGACGAUAGUGACAAGAUCAAUGAUGCAGAAGGCAUGGAUCCUGAGAGGCUGAAAGCCUUCAAUAUGUUUGUCAGGUUGUUUGUGGAUGAGAACCUGGACCGCAUGGUGCCCAUCUCCAAGCAGCCCAAGGAGAAGAUCCAGGCCAUCAUUGAAUCCUGCAGCCGGCAGUUCCCCGAGUUCCAGGAACGCUCCCGCAAACGCAUCCGCACCUACCUCAAGUCCUGCCGGCGCAUGAAAAAGAGUGGCAUGGAGGCGCGGCCAACGCCCCCACACCUCACCUCAGCCAUGGCAGAAACCAUCCUGGCAGCGGCCUGUGAGAGCGAGACACGCAACGCUGCCAAGAGGAUGCGCCUGGACCUCUACCAGAACCACGAUGAACAGAAUUCAGCUGACUGGCCCCACCCUCGGGAGUCUGCCUCACUUGGACAGUCCGCCCCUUCUCUCCCGGCCUCCACCCUCCCCCAGGACCAGGUCUACACCAAUGGUGGGCUCAACUACAAUCUCCGUGGUUACGGGGGACUUGGCGGUGGUCUACAGCACUCUGCUUCCAUUGCACAGAGCAAUGGCCCAACUGACCUCAGUAUGAAAUCUCUGGCCUCCAAUGCUUCAUCAUCCAGCUCCAGCUGCCACGGGCAGGGCGGGGGCGGAGGGGGGGCGUCGGCACAGCUCAGUCUCCCAGAGGUCACCGCUGUGCGACAGCUCAUCGCCGGGUACCGAGAGUCUGCCGCCUUUCUGCUGCGCUCCGCCGAUGAACUGGAGAGCCUGAUCCUGCUGCAGAACUGAGGACAUGCACACACACACGCGUGCACACACACGCACACACACGCACAC